AUGGCCAGCCAAGAAGAGCCCGGCAGCACUAUCCCUCCCCACAUUCUCUCCAAAUUGAAUCCGGACUUCGUCCCGUUCUUUCGGGAUGUCCUGUCAAAGCGACCACGAGACGUCACCAUCAAGGUACUUCGAGCCCAUCCCGAGAAGUAUCGAGCACCAACUGCCAUUGAUACCUCAAAGUGCGAGCGAGUGACAGACUAUGAGGUCAUAUCGGAGGAUGGAGCCACGGUUCCUGUGAGGGUUUAUCAUCCGGACCCAGACAAGCAUGGAGAUGGCCCGUAUCCUGUUCAUCUGAACCAUCACGAAACGAUAUUUGGCAAGGCCUUCCAAGAUGCAUGGGCGGCCUUGAACUGGGUGAUCAACUCGGCCACCACCCUCAACAUCAACCCGUCCUCCAUUUCCGUGGGCGGUAUCUCAGCUGGCGGGAACAUCUCGUUCGUUUUACAGCACAUGGCUCGCAACGCCGGUCUCCCGCUCAAGCUGUGCCUGGCCUCCGUCCCUCCCACAACCGACUGCAUCAGCUACGACUCCCCUACUGACUCCCCCUAUUCCUCUUUCAGCGAGUUUGCAAAUGGACCUGUCCUCCCCUGGGACCGCAUCAAGUACUUUGGGCAGUCCUGUUUUCCAGUUGAGAAGCGGGAUAAAAUCCGGAAAAUGUGGCCGGAAUGGUGGUUAGCACCGAUCAAGGCCCCCAACUUCAAGGGCUUGUGUCCCACUUUCAUUAGGACGGCGGAAUGCGAUAUGCUGAGAGACGAGGGGGAGGCGUAUGGACUAAAGUUGGUGGAGGGAGGGAACAAAGUCACCAUCAAGCGGUAUUUGGGCGCGGUGCAUACGAUGAUGUAUCUGCCGCUAGAGAACGAGCAGCGAAGGAGUUAUGAUGAGGAUGCCAUCAGGGCAUUGAGGGAGGCGCAUGGGCUGGCGAAGUGA